AUGAUUCCUUGGGAGGGCCUUCUUCCGUACGGUUUUAUUAUUGCUUUCUUCGGUGCAGCAGGUGCCGGAAUGAAUGCAAUUUCCAUUUCAUCUCUAACACGAAAUGCUCAGGGACCUAACCACGAAUCGAACUUUACAACUCCUACAGAAAAGAAAGAUUGGAUUAGACCAAGGAUUAAGACGGAUCAAUGGGAUAAGAAUAUGGCCGUGAGAGACCUUAGAUUAACCGGCAGUUUCAGAGGCACCAAAGCCGAUCCUGAAGCUGACGAGUCUUUCGAAACCAACAGCAUAGUCUUUGCGUCCAGCACUGCUAAGCCUUGGGUUCUCAGAAAGCACAUCAUCAUGAAGAAUUCUCCUUCGAAAUGGAUGAAGAAGUACAACUCUGACAGAGACCAACACUGGGAGACCGUCAAGGAAGAGUAUCUAAAGGGGAUGCAAAAAUGA